GAAUUAUAUCGGCGGCGUGCUAAAGUGAAAACUGUCACGAAUCCAGAAUAUUACACGACAUAUUUUUGGAAAUUGCCGUGAAUAUUAAUAAAUGUUAGUUUAACUUGUGUAAAUACUUCAGCGUAAAUUUGGCAAUUAAUAGUAUCUUUUUUAUCAUAAACGUCAAUUUGAAUCCGCAGUCUUGGAUAAAUACUACAAAAUGUUGGACGGUGGUGUGAUCCAUCCACACCCAGGGGUGGUCCAUGGUGGAGUACCCGGAGUUGUGCACGGCAUGCCGGUACAUGGUGCAGGACCGGACGGCGAGCAUGUGCCGCAUGGCCCGCGUCGUCGCUACCCGAAUCGCCCUAAGCCGCCCAACAACUUAGAACGCUUGCCAUUGGAUGAAGCCGCUAAAAGGGAAAUGGAGUCCCUCCCAACCAAAACUCCUGUAUCAGUCUUACAAGAACUAUUGGCUCGUCGUGGCACAGUGCCUAAAUAUGAGCUGGUACAAAUUGAGGGCAUGAUUCAUGAACCAACAUUCCGUUACAGAGUCACUGUUGCAGACUUAGUAGCAAUGGGAACAGGCCGCUCUAAGAAAGAAGCAAAACACUCUGCAGCCAAGGCUUUGCUUGAUAGGUUGACUGGUGCGGCUCCCGUUGAUCAAUCUGCUAAUGGCAAUGUGCCUGAAACGGGGACAGUAGUGUCACUGUUUGAAGAUAAGCUUAUGGGCAACCCUGUGGGUUGGCUACAAGAAUUAUGCAUGUCUCGCUUUUGGCCUCCACCUUCCUAUCAUGCAGAAAAUGAUGAUAAUGUGAAUAGACGUCUACCUCAUGAGCGCCAAUUCACGAUUGUUUGCACGUUGCUGAAACGCCGCGAAGUGGGUACUGGCAAGUCGAAGAAACUUGCAAAACGGCAAGCUGCAUACAAGAUGUGGCAAGCACUAAAGGAUAACCCACCCGAAGCCUUCCAAAACGAGGAAGAGGGCGGAGUUGCGGCCCGAUAUGCCGAUUUGAAAGAUAGUAAAAUCUCCACACUCACUACAAGCCACAGCCACAAGGUGUCGCAGUUUCACAAACAUCUCAAACAAUCAGUGGGCCCUAACCUGGCCAAGUUGCAGGUAACUCCACUGAACAAUAAGGACUUUAACUUUGUCCAGUUUCUACAAGAGAUAGCCUCGGAACAGUCCUUUGAAGUAACUUAUGUGGAUAUUGAAGAGAAAUCUAUGACGGGACGCUGCCAGUGUCUUGUACAGUUGUCUACAUUGCCUGUGGCCGUUUGCUAUGGAUCUGGUUCCACAAGCAAGGAUGCCCAGUCUUCGGCUGCUCAAAACGCACUAGAGUAUCUAAAAAUUAUGACAAAGAAGUGAAACAUCUCCUUCCCGCGACAUCAGUAUUCAUGCUUAGUGGCAAGCUAGGCUAUUGAUCGUGAUUCCAUUCCAGUCCCAGUGCAUGAUUUCAGUGUUAGUUUUAAAAAUAAGUUUGCCAUGUGCAGAAUACAUUGAGCAAAAGCGUAGAGUGCCACUGUAAUGGAUUGUAAUUGAUGUCGCCAGGUUUGAGUCUAAUGUAACUUCAUUACCACUUCCUAUUUGAAUUUGGCUGUAUGCCAACAUGCUGGCAUCACUUCGGGCUAUGCUAUAUAACUGGCAUAUUUGCAGUGUACUGACAAUGAGAUAUGUCAAUGAAAUAUAUACCUGACAGGCGUAUAUUGGAAACAUUUAAUUAUAAUAGUGCUUGUGGCGAUUUAUAUUGCAAUAAGCAUUUUCAUAUUUAUGAUAAGCUUUGGUGAUUUUAAUCAGUGGAGGCCGACAAUACUACAGCAUGCUCUGUUUAAAUAUUAGCAAUGAUGUGGAAUCCAAAGCAAGUUUUAUUUUAGUAAACUUUUAUUGGAUUUUAUUGAGUAUUCUCUACUCGCGUCGAAUACGAGUCAAAGUAUUUUUUAUUUAUACCAGUAGCUAAAUAAACUCGCUUGGCCGCUUGACUUACAUUUUGCAGGGUUUGCAAAAUGCUUGUGUACAUUUCACGACUCAAAAUUAUAUUUCCAUCUGGUCUUGAGGAAAUGUUUGCUGUUCCUCUCAAAGUAUUUGUCUUCAUUGCAGACAAUCUUCCGAACUCUCCCAUAAAAAGCAGCGCCUCGUUUACUAAUUUUGAAGCAGUCAGUGAGAUAACAAAUAACAAAAACAGAUAACAACAAAUUUAACAAUCAGAAUUAUCAAAACGAAGCACAUUGACAUCGACAAGAUGGCGUCCUCUUUGUUUUUUUUUUUUGGUGAAACGUUGCUGACAAUGAAAAUAGAAAAGAAAAUCAGUUUUAAAUUACUUUUAAAACUAAUUAUGACUUAAAAGAUUCAUAGUACAAAGACAAGCCUCUGUCACUCUUGCUACCUGCGUGAAAUAAUUAUCUACAAUUUCGAGGUGUCCCGUCUACAUAGGCAGUUGGAGCUAGCGCGUUCUAGGCGAUUGAACGUUAAAUUUUCUUAAUGCUGUUUACGUAAAUAGUUUUUUUUUUGUAAAUACCUGUAGAAAUGGCGAAACAAUAUUAAGUAAUUAAACUACAGAAGUAAGUAGAAUGAUCAUAUUGCUGUUAGGAAUCGUAUUUCGGGUUUAUAUAUUGUUUCCACUACCUACCUUUUCUUCUGAGGCAGGCAUCGCGAUUCACGACGAAUGGCCUUGCAAGUUGCGUCCGUUGGGCAUCACAGAACUCGCAUAGUAGCGAAAAUGUGGUCAGGCGAUCAUAGUCAGAAUAGGUACCUUAUCUAACUAACCAUUUCGCAAUAUAUUUUUUUUUUACUCUUUAUUGACAGCCCUUAGUAACCACGGAAAAUCUGUCGUGACGUAGGAAGGGGAGAAGAUGCAAAAUAAUACGGACACUGGCGCGCAGCGACAUAGAUUUAUUUGGCUUGCGUGUGCGAUUUAUCUAAUUAAUAAUAAAAUUAAUAAUGUACACGCCCCUAGUUGCCCCUUUGUAGGGGCAACUCGAUUGUCCCGGGGCCCAUCAGCGGAAGUCGCGACGGACAACCAACGGAGGGGCCCAAUGGCCUAUGGAUAAAUGUUCAAAAACGGCUGACAAAUAAGCAAGCACUUGACCACAGGGUACCAGUCAGGUGAUAAGUGAGAUGUAUGUAAAGUGGUGUGCGAAAGUGUAUAUACAUGUAACCUGACGGUCCGAUGUAAUCGGAGAGAAGAUCCACAGGCGCUGCUGCUCCAAAUGUGCGCUCCCUCCAGUCGUAGUUCACCAAUUGAAAACUACUUCUUUUCACUAUUUCAGUUUAUCAACUUUAUUGUACAUUUAAUUAACUUCAAAGUCAACCAACGCAACGUUCAUCGAAAUUAAACCAAGUGGCACACGACACAAGUAACGAACAGUAGGUCAAAGUUCCCGGUUCACUCAGCACAGGAUUACAAAAACGGGAACGAACGCGGUCUCUUCUUGAGUCACAAAGUUCAGUGUUCUCCCGAACAAGCCAAAUUCUUUCGUACGAUAUAAAAUGCCACAAAGCAACUAGUCGAAUCAAAUUAACGUCAAUCAAAGUUAAGUUAAUAAUUCAAACCCAAUACAAGCCUCCCGUCACGAAACGUACAAUUCAGACAAAUCAAUUCGAGGCGGUCUACACGAGACCCAAUUCAAUAGUAAAUUAGGCGCGCACAAUUUACUCAAAUUCUAGACCGUCAAAAAAUCUAAACCGGCCACGCAACCAACCCAGCGGUCGCUAAAACAUACUAUACCAUGGCCCGCGCGUCGAGCUACUGUCGUGGCGUUCGACGCCUCGGCAAAACCAGUCCCGUUAAUCGCCACAUCAGGUGACCGGGCGUGUUACUAUGGACGCGAGCGCUCGUAAUGCAGUUUUAAAAAUUAACAUUUAGCGCAAACAAUAAUAGCCUACCUAAGACUGUUAUACCGUCGGCAAGCAGUCAACAUCAAAGGGGUGCAACUUUUGUACGUAGUAUUAUUAUUUAUUCUGUGCUAAGACUCAGAUAUAUAAAGGCGGGAAAUUAAUUUUCUUUGCUAACCUUACUUUUCAAGUGACAAUUGACAAAUCGUGGUCAUUCGAGGUCAUUGACGUUUCUAUUCUUAUUUGAAUCGCAUUGUAGAAAAGAUAUUGAUUUUUGAAAUUUGAUUACCUAUCACUCUUUUUACAUUUCACGGUAUUGCAGUUUGCAAAACUAAUUAAAAUAAGAUUCGAGUAAUACCACAAGCGUUCAAUAACAUUCCUCUGCAUUCUGCGGGCAACUCAACACCUUAACACCUUUCGAAUUAACCAGUCCUGCGCUGUGCGCCCUACACAUGUUGAAGAAAUGAGUUGGCGCAGCGCAUUGACACAUUAUGUCUAAUUCAUUGCUCAUCUUCUCAUACUUAGAGAAAAUCAGCAAAGGGGGAAUUAAAAAAAAUUACAGAAUUGACGCUAAAUAAGUGAAUUUUAAGAUUUAUAUAAAAAAAUUACAAGUCUUAGGAGGUUACUUAAGGUUAAAAACAAGCCCUGAAACCUAUAGAGAGACUAUUAUUAUUGUGUAUUUGGAUCAUUAAAUAAUUACACCAUGUGCUUUAAUAAUACGUUCUUGCCGCACGUGAUUACCUGAAGGUUUAUUCUACACGUUGGUGUUACUUAACUAUUUGUUGCCAAAAAAGUCCAGAAGAUCAUCGCACGGACUUAUUCUUAUGGGUUUCUAUUUCCCUUGUUAGUUAAAACUUAAGUAGAAAAAUAAUAAACAACAAAUAAGCAAGGCAAUAUAAAUCGAUAAAAUCAGGAAACACCUAAUAAAUUACACAACAUUGACAACAUUUUGCGUAAAAAAUCUUGUGGUUGUUUUUGCUGACUGUACAUCUAGCCUCCUUCCGAUUUUGUUACAUAGGCAGGCAUUAGCGGCUUAAAAUUAGUAAAAGCUUCGGUGUUUGCGGUUUUACUUGUGCCACCAUUAGUUUCUGUGCAGUUUAUACCUUUCCGAUUAUUCGGAAGACUUCGCCGUGGUAACGGCCUGGAGACUACCAUCAAAACAAAAGUGAAAUCGAUAUUCGCCUUUUAACAUUUCCCUGAAGGCUACCUAGCACAAACUUCGGGAAAUAAUGGCAUAUCUUUUGAAGGUAUAACUAGUAACACUUCACUAUUUCAGCACUAUUAUAAUUGUUUUGUGAUAACGCCUCAAUAAUUACUAAUUCAAUUUUUUUUUUGUACUGGUCAUUGCCAAUGUGCGAGUGAAUAGCAUAGCCCGUAAACUUCAAGAAACAAAGUAUGGAGUGGUCGUAUAACAAAAUACAAGCUAUACUUUGCAUAGAAUUAGUGUAAUUUUCCCAGCGUGGAAAUUACUCAAUAAAUAAUAAAAAUGUAAAAAAAAAUAUAAAAUAUUUAAAAAUGAAUAAAAAAAAUAUGUGUGGAUUAUUUCCAGUUUAAUAUUCAGCAUUAAUUAGCAUGUUUUGCAUUCAUAAUUAAACUAAAUUAUUAUCUACUUAUCCAAAUUUUAAAUCUUAGCUUUUAAUGUAUAUUUAUAAUGAUGGAAUAGCCAAUCGUAUUUUAGUUGAACAGUCACUUUCUUAUAAUACUUUUGUUUAGUCUGGUGUGUUAAGGAUUUUCUAACAUGCUGAGCAUUAAACGGAAACAAAAUUCUCAGCUGAUUUAGUCUUGUUGACGAACUGCCCGACCUUUGCUUUGUAACGAGCUCAGUGUUGUAGUCAAAUUUACAAAGUGCAAGGGUUGGAACUUGCAGGUGACAAAAGUAGCACUUGCGGAGUGGCAGGGUUGUAAAUUGUUUCAUUUGGAUUAAAGCCAGUGAAUACAUGGUUUUCUUUUGAAUACAUGAUGGAAAACUUUGCAGGGAAGCUGAGAACUACGCGUUAGAAUGGAAUAUAUUACUGGAAUUAAUGGUUGCGAAGUUAGGAUCCCUUGCCUGUGAAAAUGGGCAUUAUUUUAAUGCAAAGUAUAGAGGUUGUAACAUUUUCUACCUGUACAGUAUCGUCGUCUUGCUGUCGCUCGCCCGCAAUGACGAGGGUCCUGCACGCACCCAGUUUCUUUUAAAUUGAAUGGUGUGAGUUCAGCCUGCCCUUGUAAAACAUCGCACUGUUCAAGUUAGAAAAGACUAAUUGGAGUAAAGGAAUGGAGUUCUGUUCAACCAAGACCAACUAAAUAAAAUUAUAAUGUCCGACCAUCGAGACAUCGUAGCUCACAUAUUAUGUUUAUGUUUAGUCAGUCUUGGUUUUACUUAAAUAUAUUAUAAGAAAUACGUCGUCGUAGUUGACACUUUCAAUAUCGCUUUUUGCUAGUUGUAUAUUUAUAUUAUUUAAAAUGUAAUAAUAAAAGUUUUUGCUCGCAUUAUUUGUUUUCGCUCUUGCAUAAUAAAGUUUGGUGUUGCUUG